GUGAUCCAAUUCCAAACACCAACUAAAUAAAACAGGAUAGAGAUGGAAAUGGAAGUCGCCGACGACCCCGCCGCUGUAGAAAUAGACGCCGGAGACUGCGGAGAUUGCGGUGAAGAGGCUGCGGCGGGAGGCGGAGCCGGAAGCCGUAGGAAAUCGGGGCGGGACAACGUGAAGGGUCCUUGGUCUCCGGAAGAAGACGCGGUGCUGAGUCGGUUGGUGAGCAAUUUCGGGGCUAGGAAUUGGAGCUUGAUCGCCCGAGGAAUUGACGGACGAUCCGGCAAGUCCUGCCGCCUGCGGUGGUGCAACCAGCUCGACCCCGCCGUCAAGCGCAAACCCUUUACUGAUGCGGAGGAUCGGAUGAUAGUUGCAGCCCAUGCAGUCCACGGAAACAAAUGGGCUGCAAUUGCUCGGCUUCUACCAGGGAGGACUGAUAAUGCCAUAAAAAACCAUUGGAAUUCCACAUUAAAGCGCCGGUGCAUGGACCCUGAGAAAAUAAAGUUAGAAUCUGGUAAUAUGGUUGAAGAUGUUAGCUUAGACAAAACAAAAGGAUCAUCUGAAGAGACCUUCUCGUAUGGGGACGUCAAUUCAUCUAAAUCUAUGGAAGGAAGAGAAGUCAGUUCUUUUCAGCAUAUGGAUGAUCAAGAUGAAUACAAUGGGUCAUCAGAGGUUCAGUUUAGUCAUGAAGCCACCGAACAGCCUAAUCUUUUCAGACCAGUGGCACGGAUCAGUGCUUUUAGUGUAUACAACCAAUCAAAUAGCCAGGAGCUUGAAUCAUCAUUCCCAAGGCCGAUUCCAGCGCAAGGACCUCUUGUUCGAGAAUCAAAACUAGAUGUUGGUAUCAGUAAAUUUCUCAAAGGAGUUUAUGGUGAGCUCUCAGUGCCUGAUCAGUGUGCCCAUGGUUGCUGCUGUGCACAGAAUGGUAUGAACUUUCAAAACUCGUUGUUGGGGCCAGAAUUCGUGGAAUUCUCCGAGCCUCCCUUGUUUCCAAGUUUCGAAUUGGCUGCAAUUGCCACAGAUAUAAGUAACCUUGCUUGGCUUAAAAGUGGGUUGGAGAAUAACAGUGUAAGAGGAAUGGGUGAUGCAGCUGGUAGAAUAACGACUCAUGAGUCUCAAGGACAAAUGCGGCGUUUUGAGGAUAGUAGAACGAAUCAUCUUUUUCCUGUUGAAGAGAGAAACGAUAGGCGAAUGGGCAUGAAGACCAAUGUACUAUCAACCUAAGACUGGUGCACAGAAUGUUCUACAACUACAAUCUAAAGCAGGGGAUUCAAGUUUCUGUCACCACUUAAUCAAGUAGGAUCAAUGAAGAUACUUGUUUCCCAGUCUGAGAAUCGUCACUACUCUAAGAGUCAUGGAGAAACGAGAGGUCAAUUUUUUUCCUCAAUAAACUUUCAAUAACUGUUAAUCCAGUUGAAAGGUGUGGCAUUUCUUCUCUUCGUUAAUACCAUAUGCAUGUAGUUAUUUAGCUGAAGAGAAUUUGAAGCAACUCUUUUCAACUCAAGAAACUGUCUCCCUUGUAGCUGCUGUUGGCUCAGAAAAUAUGUUUCAUUGUUUCUAUUGGUUGUAUAACCAUAAAACCCUAUCAAUCUCCCUUGUAGCUGCUGUUUA